AAAGAAGAAGAAGUUGAGAUUGAUAUAAUCAUCGGAGCAUUUCUAUCAAAUUUAAUUUCUUUCGAUUAUAAAUCAUGAGGGUGCAGACAAGUAGUAGUGAGCUUUAUCAUCUAUCCACCAUUGAAAGUUUCAUUUUCACGAUAAUGGGGUUUUCAAAGAAUCAUGCUUUCCCUUUUCCUUUGAUUCUCUUGCUAGCGUAGAAUCCUACAUAGCAGCAAUACGUUGCCUGUGUUUUUAUAUUUGGUUCCUAGGUGGUGGUGCUAGGAGGAGGAUCCUUUGGUACAGCAAUGGCCGCCCAUGUUGCAAAUAGGAAGGCUCAAUUGGAGGUUAUCAUGCUUGUCCGUGAUCCUGAAGUUUGUCAAUCUAUUAACGACAACCAUUUUAAUUGUAAGUACUUUCCGGAACACAAGUUACCAGAAAAUGUGAUUGCAACUACUGAUGCCAAAACUGCUUUGCUUGGAGCAGACUAUUGCCUUCAUGCUGUACCUGUUCAGUUCAGUGCAUCUUUUCUUCAGGGCAUUGUAGACUAUGUUGAUCCAAGCUUACCUUUUAUAUCCCUUAGUAAAGGCCUAGAACUCAAUACCUUGAGGAUGAUGUCACAAAUUAUUCCCCAAGCAUUGAGGAAUCCUCGCCAACCUUUUAUUGCUCUAUCAGGCCCUUCCUUUGCAUUGGAAUUGAUGAAUAAAUUACCAACAGCAAUGGUGGUGGCCUCCAAGGACAAAAAGUUAGCAAAUGCUGUCCAGCAGCUACUGGCUUCAGAUCAUCUAAGAAUAAGCACCUCAAGGGAUGUUACAGGGGUGGAAAUUGCAGGUGCUCUCAAGAAUGUACUUGCAAUAGCAGCAGGGAUUGUUGAAGGGAUGAAACUUGGUAACAACUCCAUGGCAGCUCUUGUGGCACAAGGUUGUUCUGAGAUACGAUGGCUGGCAACAAAGAUGGGUGCCAAGCCAACAACAAUUACUGGCCUAUCAGGAACUGGAGAUAUUAUGCUUACAUGUUUUGUGAAUCUCUCAAGAAACAGGACAGUUGGAGUUCGACUUGGAUCAGGGGAAAAGCUUGAUGAUAUUCUAAAUUCAAUGGCGCAGGUAGCAGAAGGUGUGUCAACAGCUGGAGCUGUGAUUGCAUUGGCUCAGAAAUAUAAUGUCAAGAUGCCAGUUUUGACAGCAGUAGCCCGGAUUAUAGACAAUGAGCUAACCCCAAAGAAAGCAGUUCUUGAGUUGAUGAACCUCCCUCAGAGAGCCGACUUCACCCCAUUCCCUGGGUUUUCUUCAUUGCUGCCGCAGAUCUGUUAAGUGUUGAAAUUUUACAUUAUUGUUUGUAGGUUGAAGAAGUGUGAAAGCUAUGGUCCUUGUCAAGGAGAAAAAAUUUUCUGUAAGGACAGAUAAGAAUUGCUAAAUUGAUAGCCAGUUGUUACCUUACCUACCAUUUAACCAAGAGCUGCUGUAGUGCAUCAGCUCAUGGUGUCAACAGAGAUCAUCAAUACAGAGAGGUGUUUUUUGUUUGUUAAUAUUUUUUGCCAGGAAUGAGAAUUGUGCCCCUUUCAAAUCUUCCUCAGGAGAUUGAUUUUGCGAAACAAAAACAAUGAUACAUGUUUAAUUUUACAACGUAUUUCCUUUUUUGCUGUCAGUACAUGGAUAAACUGUAAAAAGGAUA